AUGAGAGCUUCUCAGAUCUUCCGGGCUGGCGGCGGCGAGAAGAAGCCGGGAUCGUGAGUGCCCUCCCUGAAAGAGUGCAGCGACACGCGCAACAGAAUGCUGUGGUGGACCGGACAUUGACGGCUGACCUGAUUGCAGAUAUCUUGGUGGAUGGGGCGCUCUAGGUACGAAUUCUCCAUUCUCCCCGGACAGCGAUAAUACCCGAUGCACACGCAUUCGCAGACCAAACAACUUACGCCCAUGCUCGUCAUGACUGACACGUUCUCUGCAGGCUCUAUGCCUCAAAAGGGCAUUAUACACUACGGUAUCUCCCAGAACAGACAGAACCCGCUCGCCGGUACCGCAUCGGCGGCCGUCUUCAACACCUUCCGUCGCACACGCAACCAGAUCCUUUACUGGGGCAUCCCACUGUUGGUCGCAUAUCAGGCCAUGGAGUGGGCAAUUGAGAGGUGAGCAAAGACAAAACGCACAAGCAGUGGGAAACUUGGAAAGUUGGGCAAUGAUUACUGAUAGUAAAGCAGGAACGAAUAUCUCAACUCGAAGGCAGGACGGGCUGAGGCCGGCGACGAGGCAUAA